CUAUUUUUUUGCAACAGAGACCACACAUGCAUCAGAGAGAGGAACUGAUACAAAUGUAGCAGAGCUUCACACAGAUCGUCACAUUUUCAACCAGACCUAAAAAUGCGAGUGCAGCUGCCUUUCAAAAUCAUUCCAAUAAGGUUCAUGCUCAGGAGAACAGCUCAUUUGAUGUAAGAAGAAGAAUGAUGUUAGUGUGCAACAGCACCACCAACACCACCAAUAUUCAAGUGGAGGCUCUUCAGGGUUCGGGGUACAGUCUCGUGUUUCUCCUGGGUUUGCUUGUCAAUGCUGCUGCUCUGCGUGCCUUCAUUGCCAAACGGGGACCCUGGACAGACACCCACAUCUACAUGCUUAACCUGGUUAUAGCUGAUACUGCUCUCAUCCUCUUCAUACCCUUAAGGAUCUAUGAUGCCUUCUACAGAAUGCCCAGGAGUUUAUUGUGUACAUUCCUCAUUUUCCUACAUUACAUCAACAUGUAUGCCAGCAUUUUGACCACCACGGCCAUCUGUGUCCAGCGCUACCUGGUCAUAAGGUUCCCGCUGCAGGCCAGAUCCUGGAGAAAGAAGAAAGAGACAGCUUGUGCUGUGUGUUUGGUCAUAUGGGGACUUCUUGUGACAAUAUGUGCUGUAUUCCGAAACGAUAAUCACCCUGAGAAACUCUGGACCUGUUACGGGAGAUGUAAAGAUAUCCCACUUCAUCCAGAGUUCAUUGCCAUUCUGGUGUGUCUAGGCUUCCUCACGCCACUGCUGAUCAUUGUCUUCUGCUCCAGUCGCAUCAUCUGUAUUCUGUUAAAGGUGAAUGAUAAGUCGGAGGAAAGGAAAAGCACCAUUGGCAUAGUAACAGCGAACAUGAUUGUGUUUCUUUUCUGCUACACGCCGAUUCAUAUUGGCUUUAUUGUCAACUACUUUGAAAAAGUACCUAAAAACUGGCAGUCUAAACACUUACCUGCACACAUGUAUCUACUGGCGGCUGAAUGGAUCGCCUCCACAAACUGCUGUUUUGAUUCCAUCAGCUAUUAUUUUCUAUUGAAACAGUUUUAUUCUUAAGUAAAAUGGAGUACAAACAUGUAUCUAUACUUAUUUAAGAAUCCACAAUAUUAAAAAAAUGAU